AUGGGAGCCGACGGCAUGGGCCUCAUCAAGCUGCCGUCCCGUCACUGGCGGGCCGCUGUCAUCGUGGGCUGCACGCUGCUCUUGGCUCUGCCCCUCUACCAGCUGCGCGACCACCAGGCCGCCGGCUACUACAAGCAGUACAUCUACGACCAUCUGCCCACCUACCUGCAGGGCCCGGGCGUCUACAACAACACGCUCUAUCACGAGGGCACCGAGGCCGCCGUGCACUCGCAGUGGAAUUUCAGCUCUCCAUGCCACGGCUUCCCCGACAUGGACAGCAUCAUGCUGGUCAUGAAGACGGGCGCCACCGAGGCCUACGACAAGCUGCCCACGCAGCUGCUCACCGGCCUGCAGUGCAUCGACGACUUUCUCAUCUUCUCGGACCUGGAGCAGCAGAUUGGUAAAUAUCACAUCUACGAUGCCCUCGACCGCGUCGACCCCAAGAUCCGCGAAAAGUACGAAGAAUUCAAGCUCUACGAGGCGCAAAAGGAAUGUCCCGUUUCGCAAAAGGACUGCACGGCCGAUAUGGAGGGCGGCUGGGCGUUGGAUAAGUUCAAGUUUCUCAACAUGGUGGUGCGCACCUGGGAGCUGCGUCCCGACCGCGAUUGGUAUGUCUUCGCCGAGGCCGAUACUUACGUCGUGUGGCCGACUCUGGUUCACUGGCUGCGCACAAAGGUCAACCCGCGCGACAACGUCUACAUCGGCAGCGUUGCCAUGAUGGCUGGCUUUCCCUUUGCCCACGGAGGCAGCGGCUAUAUCGUCUCCGGCGCCCUCAUGCGCAAGAUGGCUUCGAUUCCCGACAUUGCCAAGUUUGACGACAUGGCCGGCGACGAAUGCUGUGGCGACGUGCUCUUCUCCAAGGCUGCCAAGGAGGCUGGCACAAAAGUUUUAAACGCACACCCCAUGUUCAACGGCGAGAAGCCCAACACGCUGCCUUACGGACCCGGCCACUGGUGCGAGCCUCUCUUCACCAUGCACCACAUGAACUCGGAGGAGAUUAGCGGCGUGUGGCAGUAUGAACAAACACGCACCCACAAGGACCUGAUGCAAAUCCGAGAGAUGUAUUACGCUUUUUUCGCUCCCAAGAUGGUUCAGCACCGCAAGGACUGGGACAACCUGUCAGAUGAUACUUGCUACAUUGGUCCCGACGAGGAGAGCCAGAAGAAGGCUCCGCAUGCCGCCAAAGACCGCCAGAAAAAGGAGGAAGACAAGAACGUCGUGCAGAAAAACGCGCACAGCUCACCCGCCGCUUGCGCCAAAGUGUGCGAGUCCGAAGGGCUCGAUAUCCCCGCAGACCAAUUCGAAAAACUGGAUACAGAAACUGAUCGCAGCCAGCUGAUCCGAUCCAAGUAUGACGAAAAGACCGGAGACAAGGGUUUCAAAAAAGAUCGCAAGUGCUUCCAAUGGCGAUUCCAAAAGGGCGUCUGCUGCACGAGCAAGAGCUUCAAGCUCGGCAAGCCCAAGAGGGAAAAGGAAGAUAAAGACAAGAUGACGAGCGGGUGGUUCGUCAGGGGCAUCAAUGACUGGAUCGAAACACAAGGAGAGUGUCCCCUGGACUGGAGAAAUCCUCACUGA